AUGUACAAGCUCAGACUGACGCUUCCCGGCCACGAGCUGGACGUGAGGGGAAUUGCCGCUGUUUCAGAUGAAAAAAUCGUCUCGGGUUCCAGAGACGGAACCGCCAGGGUCUGGGAUCUCUCCUUGACUCUAGACACCAACCCCAAUAACGAGAUCUGCUUUCUGUCGCCCACGGGCGCUUUUGUCAAUGCUGUGACAUUUGUCAACAGUGCCUUCACUGGUGAUGUUGCUGCAGUCGGCGGCAAGGAUGCGAUCAUCUACCUUUCAGAACUCCACGGUUCGUUUGUGAAACCUGGAGACGACUUUGGCAAGUUCCAGUUAGUCGGCCACCAUGGUAACGUGUGCUCGCUCAAUUACAAGGAUGACGCCUUGAUCUCGGGCUCCUGGGACUGCACGGCCAAGGUGUGGGACUUGUCUUCGUUUUCGGUGAAAUACGACCUCCAGGGCCACUCUGCCUCGGUGUGGGACGCCAAAAUCGUUGACGCAGCCGAGGAAAUCUACCUUACUGCUUCUGCCGACCGCACUAUCCGUAAAUGGAAGGCGGGCAAGGAAGUGGCUCAGUAUUCUGGCCACAACGACGUCGUGAGAAAGCUCUUGAUCUUGCCUGGAGGUAAGCAGUUCGUUUCUGCCUCCAACGAUUGCACACUCAAGGUAUGGGACCUUGAAAGUGGUGCUGUUUUGCAGACCCUACACGGUCACGACUCCUUCAUUUACGACAUUGCCAUCCUCUCCAAUGGCGACUUGGUUUCUACUGCUGAAGACCGUACCGUGAGAAUCUGGCGCAAUGGCAAGACCCUCCAGGCAAUUACGUUGCCUUGCAUCUCCGUGUGGUGCGUGGACACGCUUCCCAAUGACGACAUUGCCGUGGGCGGCUCGGAUAAAUCGAUUUAUGUGUUCACGGCUUCUCCAGACCGUGAGGCCACCGCUAAUGGCAUCCAAGAGUUCACUUCUCUCGUGCAGAAUUCAGCCAUCUCAGAGCAGUCCAUUGACGAUUUGAAGAGAACCGAUAUUCCCGGCUACGAGGCUCUCGAGCAGGGUGCCGACGAAGAAGGUGCAACGAAAAUGGUCAAGAGUCCUGCUGGUGUCAUUGAAGCUCACCAAUGGUCAGGCGGCCAAUGGGUCAAGAUCGGAGACGUGGUGGGCUCUGCAGGCGGAAGCUCCGGGAAAAAGAGCCAUAAUGGCAAGGAGUGGGACUACUUGUUUGACGUUGAUGUUGAGGAUGGUAAGCCUCCGCUCAAGUUGCCUUACAACGCCAAUGAGAACCCAUACACAGCCGCCGAGAGGUUUUUGGCUGAUCACGAGUUGCCAGCGUCGUACAAGGAUGAAGUUGUGCGUUUCAUUGAGCAAAACACCGGAGGCUUCCUGUUGGAGCAAAGCCAAGGUGCUCCAGCGGCUUCCCAGGCUGCCCCACAAGCUGCUCCAGCGCCUUCUCCACAAAACUUCAAAUUGCUUCCUGAAAAGUCGCCAAUCACAUUCAAGGACUACAAGCCUGAGCAGUUGGUCAAGGGCUUCAAGAAGUUCAACGCUGACCAACCCGAAUCAACAGCCUUCUCCUCACUGGAUGUCGCUAGUGUCGAGUCAGGUCUCCAUGAUCUCAAGUCCAAGAAUGCUCUUUUCAUAAUCACCGACAUCGUGCCCAAGAUCUUAUCCUCGUGGGAGCUGUCUCAAAAGCUCAUUGGCUUUGAUUUGUUGAGGGUGAGUAUCCCCAGGGUCACCACGGUCGAUUUGAUUCAAUCUACAGAGGCUGCUGAAGGUAUUCUCAAAAUGCUCUUACAGAGUCUAGACGAGGUGAAUGAGCAGGACUUGCCAUUGGUGAUGAUGAUCGCCCGAGUCUUGUGUAACCUCACCACCAGCACCUUGUUCGCCCAGUUGUUCUUCACUCUCGACGACCACAACCAGGUGUCUUUGAACGAAUACUACGAAGAGGUUGUCAACAAGGUCACUGUGGUUGUGAAGAUUAUCACAUCUUCCUCGGUGGCAUCAUCCCACAAGCACUACAGCAGCGCAUUGACGUCCGUGUCUUCGUUUUUGUACGAUCUCACGGCGCUUUCAUUCAACAAUACGUCGCUUUCAAAAGCCCCCUCCGCGGCGCUUGCCUUCUUUGCACUUCUUGAUGAAGUCGCCGAGGAUUUAAUAAAAGCCGACGAGGAGUCUGCCUACAGAGUGUGUGUUGCAUUGGGUAACUUAUUGGUAUUAAAGGUCACGUCAAGCAAGCCUGCCUGGUACGACGCCUGCAAAAAACUAUACAACGGCGCUAGAUUCAAGGAUAUCUACAGAGAUAUCGACUUGGCCUAG